GCCUUCAAGAAUUUGACCAUUUCAAGUUGCAUGCUCUCCUUAUGACUCGUACACUGUUAGAAGACUUCAACAGUACAGGUGCUCGUUCGUCUGCCAAAUGGACAGCGAUUGGAGCGGCGUUUCCAUAGCACGGCAACAGUUCAGGCCCUUUAUGAUUAUGUAGACUCUGUUGGAUGUCUGAAGACUGAAAACUACAAUCUAGUGACCAGCUAUCCGCGCGUGACUUAUGGGGCGUCACUUCGAAAUAAGACACUGCUGGAGGCAGGACUACAUCCUCAAGCGGGCCUCUUUGUACAAGAGGAGAGUUAGGUCUGUAAGUGCUUGCGGAAAUGACCAUGUGAUUAGUAGAAGUGACAUUUGAGGGAUGUGGGCGAGGAGAGUGGCCAAGGAAAAGCUCAGUGAUGGUAACGACUUUCUGGUGGGUUCUCUGCUCACCCAAGCUGGGGGCUUGAUUUUGUAAGUAGAAGUAAUCUGGAGGGCGCAUCAGUGGAGGGAGGUUCUUAUAUGUGCCUUGGCAAUUGGAUCGGGUCUUCCCCCAAAAGGUAUGGAUAUCAGUGCAAGCACAUUGACGCAAUCCCAAUAACACGCAUGGACAUGUUUGGCCGUGAUAAGGCUCUCUGGUUUGCAUGUAGUACCUUGUGCGAACAACCACGCAUGAAGUUCCCCAUCGGUAUAAUGAGCAAACACUCGAUGACCUAUCAUAAUCUAGUGGUAGCUGGGCAGAUUGUAAGGAAGGACACGACAUGGAAAAGAAGAACAUGAGAAGUCAGAUUCUCACUGUAAGUGACCAGCAGGCUGUUGUGUAAGGGCCUGGCGCAGGCAUAGGAUUUGCUGGGUUACAUGAGCCUCAUCUUGUUUCUCACAUUGCCGAAACUAUGCGUGUCUGCAUUGAUGGACAAGGCAGUGGUGCCGACGGUUGUGUCUUUGCAGUAAGGAAAAUGAUGUGGCCAGGAUGCCAUCCCUGUUUUUUGUCUUGUACAGCAAUGGCCUUUGCAUCUUUGUGAAGGACGUGUUUGUCCUGUUGCGAUGGAGAGAUGAGCAGAGUGGUCUGCAAAUGAAACUGGAAGGACAGCAGGCACAUUGUGGCAAGGGUUGUCAUGUUGGAUUACGUGGAUGGCUCUUUGUAAAGCUUCAGUUCCUAUGGCACAUGGCUGUCGUAUUAAGUGGAACAUUUGGUGUUGCUGCUAUCAGAGUUCAGAGUAAAAAUUAAGCUCCCCUGUCCUGCUGAUAAGACACACACUUUUGUGUGUGUGCGUGUGUGUGUGUGUGUGUGUGUGUGUGAGAGAGAGAGAGAGAGAGGUGAUGUGCAAUAUCGAUCACAGGUGGCUUAUGCAUGUCAGUAGCGGGGGUAAGUUCCCUGCCUUUGGGGUGCUACGGCAUCAAGUGGGUCCCUUGUCGUGUCCCAUAGAUGUGUUCUUGUUCCUCCUAGUAGGAGUAUCUGGCUGAUUCUCAUCUUCUAUUGAAGCAGUCUGACUAUGGUCUACUGCCUUGUAAUUUCUGGUAUAUGGCUGAUGGUUCAGCAACAGGACAUGUCCUGUGCUUCCAGACUUGAUUUCAGUGCAGUGGGGUGGUUCCACGAGUAGCUGCUAGUAUGGUUUUACCACCCAGGUUAGCGGGUGUGUGAUACCAUGAAGGAAGGGUGGCAUGCUUCCCAGGAAUCUGCAUGGCAGCCUUGCUGUGUGUGCAAUUAAACUAGGAUUGGUAAGCCUGGAGUUGUAGUUCUUUAUUGAUGACUGCAUAGAAGAGAAUUCAAGUUCUCUUUUGGAAGGAAGUGCUGUUGUUCAUGGGAUGUGGAUGGCAAUGCGCCUGUCAACUCCUGCAGGCAUCAGCAAUGGUGUUGGUGGAGGAGAGGCGUUUCUGACAUGUUGAUCUGACUCUCGAUGCAGCAAUCCUGGUCUGCUUUUUGUAUGUAAUUGGGAUCCCCACGUGCAUUUAUGUAUGUGUAUGCUUCUGUGCGUUCUCGUGUGUGUGUGUGUGUGUGUGUGUGUGUGUGUGUGUGUGUGUGUGUGUGAGAGAGAGAGAGAGAGGGAUGCUUUCUUCAAGUGACUGGGGGCAGCUGUGUAAGUGCUUGCUGUCAUCAGGGAAUACGUGGAAGGGGGCACUCCCAUGUUAAUGCGAUAUGCGGCCAUUGCGUAUGGGUUCACCUGCUAUUGGGGAGAUUGUGUCGUCUUUGCAAUGCCUCACACAUGCAAAGCUAUAUGUUCUGUAGUUCCCAUUUUUCACACGUGUGAGUAGGCCAACUUUUCCUUGGUGCUGGUUUCAUUUCUUAUUAGACAUGGACAUUGUUAAGUUUCGUGAUGAGUAUCUGAGUAGAACUUGGAGAUUGAAGUUCAGUGUCAACAACGCGUCAAUGGUGGUGCAACUAUGUGUUCCCGAGUCAGCCACGUUUUUUGGGGGGCCUGCCUGAAUUCUUCUCUUUGCCUGUGCAUCAUCACAGGUGCAAGGUGGUCUUCCUUGACUUCCAUUCUUUUACCCGAUUCUCAUUUUGGGAGGGGGUGGGGGCCGGGGGUAAUUUUUACUAAUUUUCCUUUAUAUAUUGGGCUUAUCGAAACGGGUGGAGGAAUCUGGAUUGGAUUUGUUGAACUUCUGAAGUUUUAAAUCAUUCCUUUAAUGUCUGAAUGGGCCUGAAUCCAAAGCGGUUCCACUAAGCUUAUGUGGAAUUUUUUCAUAAGACCAUAACGACAUAAUCUGGCUGUUAUGUCAUCUCGAUGCAUUGAGGGUAAUCCUAAGAGGUGUGUAAGCGUUUGAGCACUUUAGUUAAACAAAUUGGAUUUCAUUUA